AUGGCUGUAUUCUCUAGAGGGCUUCGUUCUUUUUCCCGCAGAGGGGAUUUCAUCUGUUCAGAAUGCCUUCGAUUUUCUACAUCGUCAAUUGUGCAAUCAGGCCAUAACCGGUGGUCCAAGAUUAAGCAUGACAAAGGCACGGCAGAUGCAAAGAGGAGUGCAAAGAACUCACUUUUCUCCAGAGAAAUAGCCAUGGCAUCAAAGUGUGGUGGCGCGGACCCAAAUUCAAACCCCAGACUUGCGAUGCUGUUGGUAACUGCGAAGAAAGCUGGAUGGCCAAAAGCAAAUAUGGACAACGCAAUUGCGCGCGGCCAAGGCCGUUCAACUACAGGAGCAGCGCUCCAAAACCUUACGCUGGAAGUGAUCAUGCCACCGACAAUAGCUCUAAUUAUCGAAGCCGAAACAGACAACGCCAAGCGUACAUUGUCAGAGUUGAGAUUACUAGUAACUAAAAAUGGGGGGACAGUGACGCCUACGAAUUACCUGUUCCAGAAGAAAGGAAGGGUAGCAUUUGAGAAGGACGAGCGGAACCUGGGGGUGGAUGAGGUGCUGGAUGAUGCCAUUGAAGCUGGUGCCGAAGAUGUUGAGGCUGAUGAGGAUGGAGGUAUUGUAGUCUGGACGGAACCGAAUAAGACUUCUGCUACUGCGGAAGCUCUGCAGAAAAGUUUGAAUCUGAAGGUGGAGAGUUCGGAUAUUAUUUGGCAUGCGAACGAAGAUACGAAAGUCCCGAUGGAGGAUAUGGGUAGGGCGAAGACUCUUGCGGAAUUCAUAGAUCUUGUGAGGGACCAACCGAGCGUCCAGGGCUUGUAUUCCAAUGUUGCGCAGGGAAGUUUGAGUGAUGAAGUUUGGGAGGAUUUACAAAGUAGACUAGACGCAUAG